UUUUGCGGGAAAUACAAGCGCCUAUUUUCGAAGUAAACAAAGCAAUUUCCGCCUUAUUUCAGGAAAACAUCGGUUUGAACCAUGCUGAGUGUUAAAGGAUUGUCCUUAGAAAAUGUGCAGCCAACACAAAAGAGACAGCCUAGAGCUAAGAAACCGUUCACGGUGGCAGUCGAAGGCAACAUAGGCAGUGGAAAGUCUACAUGUCUGGAAUACUUCCGCAAACAGAAGGAAGUUGAAGUCGUCCCGGAGCCAGUAUUCAAGUGGAAGGAUGUGAAAGGCUACAACACACUGGAGUUGAUGUACAAGGAUGCGUCCCGCUGGAGUCUUGCCUUCCAGUCGUAUGUACAGCUAACCAUGGCUGAGGUUCAUAGGAAGGAAACAACUUGCCCAGUGAAGAUGAUAGAGAGGUCGCUGUACAGUGCACGUUACUGCUUUGUAGAGAACCUCUAUAAAGGGGGUUUGAUGCCGGAAAUAGACUAUGCCAUCCUGUCAGAGUGGUAUGACUGGAUCCAGGAGAAUGAAGAUAUGCAUAUUGAUCUCAUAGUGUACCUGCAAGCCUCCUCUCCCACCUGCCAGUCACGAAUCAAGAAGAGAAAUCGACAUGAAGAGCAGGCUGUUCCUAUCGAAUACCUUGAUUCCUUGAAUUCUCUACACGAAGAUUGGCUGAUUAAGCAGAGCAAGUUUAAGACGCCCUGUCCUGUAUUGAUAAUCAAUACAGAUUGUGGUAUGGAUGACAUGUAUAGGAAGUUUGAAUUACACCGGGAUGAGAUUCUACAAAUAAACAAGGAAAACUGAUGAAUGUACUUGAAUAGGAUCUUGAUACAUUUUGUUUGUGUUGAACACUGUGCUUAUAUUCACCUGUAUAUAAUAAAAUCAUUAUUUGUGUGGAUAAGACCAAUGUUGGUUGGUUGAUAAUAUUUCAUUGUUUAAGUAUACUCUAUUAUGUAUAUCCUCGUUUAUGAAUUUUACAAUCUUAAUGUAGUCCGUAAGUUGGGUCAUGUUUUAAGUGGGAUGAUUUAUUUAUUUUUGUAUCCCAAUCACGCCAUCAUAGGACUGCAAAAAAAAUUUGACCGUUGUUAGACAUAUAUCCUAUAUGGUUUAAGUUUUCACAAACAAAGAUUUACUGCAACUAACAAUUUGCCAACUCCUGAGAGUCCCAGUAAUAUGCUUUAAAGGGACUAGACACCAGAGGAUACAAAUUUGCAAGAAGAAAAAAAAAAUUGUCAAAAACUUACAUAAAAUUGAUAUCGCUGUGUACAACACAUUGAAUUUUAAUGACUGAUAUAUCACCUCGCUUACAACAAAUGUAUCUUUCGAAGUUUUUGUGUAUUUUUCCAAAUCGAAAAUUUACUGGGUUUACCACGUAAAUCCCAGUUUAAAAAUAGGGUGGGUAAUUUAUCUGUAUUCUUAAACAGAUAUGAAUUCAACAGGAAAACACAGAUGAGACAGCAACAUGAUUGUUUCCUUUAUUCUUGUAAUCAUGUAAAAUGAUGUAUCCCAAAUUGGCAAUUCUAGGCUUGUUUUGAGGAAAUUCUGUAUUUGCUGAUUUUUGAACAAUCUGGUGUCUGGUCCCUUCAUGGAUGAAGUAACAUAUCAAACUAUUUUAAAUCAGUUUACUCUUCAACCAUUUAUGCUAUCUAUUGGAUUAUCUGACUGAUAUUUUAACUGUUGUGCAAUUACAGUGCAGGUGUAACUGGGAACAUAAAUGAAGGUCAAUGCUUGUGAACUUACAUAAAUAAUGUUUUGAAUGUGAAUACAUGUGAACAUACUUGUAUGUGAAUGCUUGUGAAUAUACAUGAAUUAUGAAUACAUGUGAACAUACAUGUAUAUGAACGCUUGUGAAUAUACAUGCAUAUGAAUGCGUGUGAACAUACGUGAAUGUGUGUGAACAUACGUGAAUGUGUGUGAACAUACGUGAAUGUGUGUGAACAUACGUGAAUGUGUGUGAACAUCCGUGAAUGUGUGUGAACAUACGUGAAUGCGUGUGAACAUACGUGAAUGUGUGUGAACAUACGUGAAUGCUUGUGAACAUACCUGAAUGUGAAUACUUGUUAAAGUAUUUUAGUACAUUAUUAAGAAGAAUGUUAAGCGCAAUGUCUUGAUUUAAAACUCAAAGAGAAUACUCAAAUUAACAUCAACCUCUAUCCAGAAGUAGUUCAGUUUAAGUUAAAUGCACUUUGCAUAGACACAAUGAGGUGUCAAGUCCUGAUCAGCUGAUGAAACCGAGACAUUUACAGUGUCAGUACUUGUUUUACAUCUGUUUUAGAUCUGAUAAGAUAAAUGUAUUGUUAUAUAUUUAGGGUUUACUCUAGUUUCAAGUCAUGCCUUCUGGUGAUGUGUAUAGUCAUUAUGAUAAUAUCAUUCGUUCAUUUCGUAACUUCACAGGAUUUUAAAGAUAUCAUAAUUUUAACACUAUUGAUAUGUAUCAUGUCAUAUGCAUGUAUGAGCUUUUUAUUGACCCUGUUUUAAAUGAUGUUUUAACCAUGUCUCAAUUAUAGAUAUAAACUAAUAAUAUGUAUAUUUUACACCAACAUUUAAAUAACUCUUAUGGUGAUAGUUUUAUAUGUCAUUGAA